CCAGGAAGCGGCCGCAGGAGGCGGCCCUUGCCCCGCCCCCGCGCUCAUCACCUGCUGGCCUGGCGCUCACGGGCGGGGGCGGAGGGCGCCAGGGGGCGGCGCAGGCGGCCGGGCGCAGGGUCGCAGGAGUUGACGCGCGGCGAGGAUGGCGGCGCCAGGUUUGGGACCGCUGCUGCUGGCGCUGUCGGUGCUGCUGGGGCUGGGCCCCUCCGCCGCGGCGGCCAAGCUCAACAUCCCCAAAGUGCUGCUGCCCUUCACGCGGGCCACGCGCGUGAACUUCACCCUGGAGGCCUCGGAGGGCUGCUACCGCUGGUUGUCCACCCGGCCGGAGGUGGCCAGCAUCGAGCCGCUGGGCCCGGAUGAGCAGCAGUGCUCCCAGAAGGCAGUGGUGCAAGCCCGCCUGACCCAGCCUGCCCGCCUCACCAGCAUCAUCUUCGCAGAGGACAUCACCACAGGCCAGGUCCUGCGCUGUGACGCCAUCGUGGACCUCAUCCAUGGCAUCCAGAUUGUUUCCACCACCCGUGAGCUCUACCUGGAGGACUCCCCGCUGGAGCUGAAGAUCCAGGCCCUGGACUCUGAGGGGAACACCUUCAGCACCCUGGCCGGACUGGUCUUUGAGUGGACAAUUGUGAAGGACUCCGAGGCGGACAGGUUCUCAGACUCUCACAAUGCACUGCGAAUUCUCACUUUCUUGGAGUCUACGUACAUCCCUCCUUCUUAUAUCUCAGAGAUGGAAAAGGCUGCCAAGCAAGGGGACACCAUCCUGGUGUCUGGGAUGAAGACCGGGAGCUCUAAGCUCAAGGCUCGAAUCCAGGAGGCUGUCUACAAGAAUGUACGCCCUGCAGAAGUCAGGCUGCUGAUUUUGGAGAACAUCCUUCUGAACCCGGCCUAUGACAUCUACCUGAUGGUGGGAACCUCUGUUCACUACAAGGUGCAGAAGAUCAGGCAAGGGAAAAUUGCAGAACUCUCCAUGCCUUCUGAUCAGUAUGAGCUGCAGCUUCAGAACAGCAUCCCGGCCCCUGAGGGAGACCCAGACCGGCCGGUGGCUGUCUUGGACCAGGAGACGUCAGUGGUCACUGCACUGCAGCUAGGACAGAGCAGCCUCGUCCUUGGCCACCGGAGUAUUCGAAUGCAGGGUGCUUCUAGGUUACCCAACAGCACCAUCUAUGUGGUUGAACCUGGAUACCUAGGAUUCACUGUUCAUCCUGGUGACAGGUGGGUGCUAGAGACUGGCCGCCUAUAUGAAAUCACCAUCGAGGUUUUUGACAAGUUCAGCAACAAGGUCUACCUGUCAGACAACAUUCGAAUUGAAACCAUGCUUCCUGCUGAGUUCUUUGAGGUGCUCUUAUCCUCCCAGAAUGGGUCAUAUCAUCGCAUCAGGGCACUGAAGAGGGGCCAGACGGCCAUCGACGCAGCCUUCACCUCUGUGGUAGACCAGGAUGGAGGGGUCCACACACUACGGGUGCCUGUGUGGAACCAGCAGGAGGUGGAAAUUCAUAUCCCUAUCACCCUCUUUCCCAGCAUCUUGACGUUUCCUUGGCAACCAAAGACGGGUGCCUAUCAGUACACAAUAAAGGCCCAUGGUGGCAGUGGGAACUUCAGCUGGUCUUCGUCAAGCUACCUGGUUGCCACAGUCACUGUCAAGGGUGUGAUGACCACAGGCAGUGACACCGGGCUCAGUGUGAUCCAGGCACAUGAUGUGCAGAACCCACUCCAUUUUGGCGAGAUGAAGGUAUGUGUGAUCGAGCCCCACAGCAUGGAGUUUGCCCCGUGCCAGGUGGAGGCACGUGUGGGCCAGGUUCUGGAGCUACCCCUGAGGAUCAGUGGCCUCAUGCCUGGCGGGGCCAGUGAGGUGGUCACCCUGAGCGACUGCUCUCACUUUGACUUGGCUGUUGAGGUGGAGAAUCAGGGUGUGUUCCAGCCACUCCCAGGGAGGCUGCCACCAGGCUCUGAGCACUGCAGCGGUGUCCGGGUACAGGCCAAGGCCCAGGGCUCCACCACACUCCUUGUGAGCUACAGACAUAGCAACGUCCACCUGAGUGCCAAGAUUACUAUUGCUGCCUACCUGCCCCUCAAGGCUGUGGAUCCCUCCUCAGUUGCCUUGGUUACCCUGGGCUCCUCAAAGGAGAUGCUGUUUGAAGGAGGUCCCAGACCUUGGAUCCUCGAGCCUUCCAAGUUCUUCCAGAACGUCACCUCUGAGGACACUGGCAGCAUCAGCCUGGCUCUCUUUGCCCCCCAUUCCUCCCGGAAUUAUCAGCAACACUGGAUCCUUGUGACCUGCCAGGCCUUGGGUGAGCAGGUCAUCGCCCUUUCGGUGGGGAACAAGCCCAGUCUCACCAACCCCUUCCCUGCGGUGGAGCCUGCUGUGGUGAAGUUCGUCUGUGCCCCACCGUCCAGGCUCACCCUCGCGCCUGUCUACACCAGCCCUCAGCUGGACCUGUCCUGUCCGCUGCUGCAGCAGAACAAGCAAGUGGUCCCAGUCUCCAGCCACCGAAACCCCCUGCUUGACCUGGCUGCCUACGACCAGGAGGGCCGCCGGUUCGACAACUUCAGCUCUCUGAGCAUCCAGUGGGAGUCCACCAGGCCACUGUUGGCCAGCAUUGAGCCUGAACUGCCCAUGCAGCUGGUGUCCCAGGAUGAUGAGAAUGGCCAAAAGAAGCUGCACGGUUUGCAGGCCAUUUUGGUUCACGAGGCAUCAGGAACCACAGCCAUCACUGCCACCGCCACUGGCUACCAGGAGUCCCACCUCAGCACUGCCAGAACAAAGCAGCUGCAUGACCCUCUGGUGCCUGUGUCGGCCUCCAUAGAGCUCAUCUUGGUGGAGGAUGUGAGGGUGAGCCCAGAAGAGGUGACCAUCUACAACCACCCUGGUGUUCAGGCAGAGCUCCGUGUCAGAGAAGGCUCGGGUUACUUCUUCCUCAACACCAGCACUACAGAUGUUGUCAAGGUGGCCUACCAGGAGGCCAGGGGUGUCGCCCUGGUGCACCCUUUGCUCCCGGGCUCAUCCACCAUCAUGAUCCAUGACUUGUGCCUUGUCUUCCCGGCCCCAGCCAAGGCUGUCGUUUACGUGUCAGACAUUCAGGAGCUGUACAUCCGUGUGGUUGACAAGGUGGAGAUUGGGAAAUCAGUGAAGGCGUACAUCCGUGUGCUGGACUUGCACAGGAAGCCUUUCCUGACCAAAUACUUCCCCUUUAUGGACCUGAAGCUCCGAGCAGCCUCCCCGAUCAUCACAUUGGUGGCCCUCGAUGAAGCCCUUGACAACUAUACUGCCACAUUUCUUGUCCACGGUGUGGCCAUUGGCCAGACCAGUUUAACCGCAAGUGUGACCGAUAAAGCCGGACAGAGAAUCACCUCAGCCCCACAACAGAUUGAAGUCUUUCCCCCGUUCAGGCUGAUGCCCAGGAAGGUGACACUGCUUAUCGGGGCUACAAUGCAGGUCACUUCCGAGGGAGGCCCCCAGCCUCAGUCCAACAUCCUUUUCUCCAUCAGCAAUGAGAGCGUUGCGCUGGUGAGUGCUGCCGGGCUGGUACGAGGCCUCGCUGUCGGGAAUGGCACUGUAUCAGGGCUCGUGCAGGCAGUGGAUGCAGAGACUGGCAAGGUGGUCAUCAUCUCUCAGGACCUCGUGCAGGUGGAGGUGCUGCUGCUACAGGCAGUGAGGAUCCGCGCCCCCAUCACGCGGAUGAGGACGGGCACUCAGAUGCCUGUCUAUGUCACCGGCAUCACCAACCACCAGAACCCUUUCUCCUUUGGCAAUGCCGUGCCAGGCCUGACCUUCCACUGGUCUGUCACCAAGAGGGAUGUCCUGGACCUCCGAGGGCGGCACCAUGAGGCGUUGAUCCGACUCCCAUCACAGUACAACUUUGCCAUGAACGUGCUUGGCCGGGUAAAAGGCCGGACCGGGCUGAGGGUAGUGGUCAAGGCUGUGGACCCCACCUCAGGGCAGCUGUAUGGCCUGGCCAGAGAACUCUCAGAUGAGAUCCAAGUCCAGGUGUUUGAGAAGCUGCAGCUGCUCAACCCUGAAAUAGAAGCAGAACAAAUAUUAAUGUCGCCCAACUCAUAUAUAAAGCUGCAGACAAACAGGGAUGGUGCAGCCUCGCUGAGCUACCGCGUCCUGGAUGGACCCGAAAAGGUUCCAGUCGUGCACGUUGAUGAGAAGGGCUUUCUAGCAUCUGGGUCUAUGAUCGGGACAUCCACCAUCGAAGUGAUUGCACAAGAGCCCUUUGGGGCCAACCAAACUGUCAUUGUCGCUGUAAAGGUGUCUCCUGUUUCCUACCUGAGGGUUUCUAUGAGCCCUGUCCUGCACACCCAGAACAAGGAGGCCCUGGUGGCCGUGCCUUUAGGAAUGACCGUGACCUUCACCGUCCACUUCCAUGACAACUCUGGAGAUGUCUUCCAUGCUCACAAUUCGGUCCUCAACUUUGCCACUAACAGAGAUGACUUUGUGCAGCUUGGGAAGGGCCCCACCAACAACACCUGUGUUGUCCGCACGGUCAGUGUGGGCCUAACACUGCUCCGUGUGUGGGACGUAGAGCACCCGGGCCUCUUGGACUUCGUACCCCUGCCUGUCCUACAGGCCAUCUCCCCACAGCUAUCCGGGUCUGUGGUGGUGGGGGAUGUGCUCUGUCUGGCCACUGUUCUCACCAGCCUAGAAGGCCUCCCGGGAACCUGGAGCUCCUCAGCCAACAGCAUUCUCCACAUCGACCCCAAGGCAGGUGUGGCCGUGGCCCGGACUGUGGGAUCCGUGACAGUUUACUACGAGGUCGCUGGGCACCUGAGGACCUACAAGGAGGUCACUGUCGGUGUCCCUCAGAGGAUCGUGGCCCGGCCCGUCCACCCCAUCCAGACCAGCUUCCAGGAGGCUACAGCCUCCAAAGUGAUUGUUGCCAUGGGAGACAGAAGCUCUAACCUGAGAGGCGAGUGCACCCCAACCCAGAAGGAAGUCAUCCAGGCCUUGCACCCAGAAGCCCUUAUCAGCUGCCAGUCCCAGUUCAAGCCAACUGUCUUCGAUUUCCCACCUCAAGAUGUGUUCACUGUGGAGCCCCAGUUUGACACUGCUCUGGGCCAGUACUUCUGCUCGGUCACAAUGCACAGGCUGACGGACAAGCAGCGGAAACACCUGAGCAUGAGGAAGACAGCUCUGGUGGUCACGGCCUCCCUUUCCAGCAGCCACUUCUCCACAGAGCAGGUGGGGGCCGAGGUGCCCUUCAGCCCAGGUCUCUUUGCCGACCAGGCUGAAAUCCUUUUGAGCAACCACUACACCAGCUCCGAGGUCAGAGUCUUUGGUGCCCCAGAGGUUCUGGAGAACUUGGAGGUGAGAUCUGCGUCCCCCGCGGUGCUGGCCUUUGCAAAGGAGAAGUCUCUCGGGUGGCCUAGCUUCAUCACAUACACGGUUGGCGUCGCAGACCCUGUGGCCGGCAGCCAGGGGCCUCUGUCCACUACCCUGACGUUCUCCAGCCCCGUGACCAACCAAGCCAUUGCCAUCCCAGUGACAGUGGCUUUUGUGAUGGAUCGCCGUGGGCCCGCUACUUAUGGAGCCAGCCUUUUUCAGCACUUCCUGGAUUCCUACCAGGUCAUGUUCUUCACGCUCUUUGCCCUGUUGGCUGGGACAGCGGUCAUGAUCAUAGCCUACCACACCAUCUACACACCCCGGGAUCUUGCCGUGCCAGUAGCCCUCACACCUCGAGCCAGCCCUGGGCACAGUCCUCACUUCUUCAGCCUCGCUGCUCACACUGGGUCCUCAGAUCACAGCAUCGGCACUCGGGGAGCUCACCGGAAAGGCUGAUUCUCCGGCCCCAGACCUGCUGAAUCAGAACCUGCAUUUCAACAAGCCCCUAGGUGAUUUCUGCCCACUUUUCUAAUCACAGAGUAAUGGGAGUUAAUUAAAAUAGAAAAUACAGAUAAGCAAGAAGAACAGAGGCAUCACCUGCAGCCCCUUUGCUGAUUGUGACUCCACUUCAGUGUGCUGCUCUUUUCUCCAGGACUCUUUUCCUAUGUGUGCCCUGCCAAUAAGUACAGGCCUGUAUCCAUUAGUCAUUCAUUCAUCAGACGUUCAUUCAACAAAUAGUAAGCGCCUAUUGUAUUCCAGGCACUUUCCUAGAUUCUGAGUUUCCACUGGGAAACAAAACAGAACAAAACAGAUCUAUUUCUACCUUACCGGAGUUUACAGUCAACUAGGGGGAAAAGAUACACCAAGCUUCCCUCUAGAGGCAGACCAUGGCUGCUGCGACACGUUCCUGGAAGAAGACCCAUGUUAUUGGGGAUUUGACCUGGUCAGGGAGGGAUCUCGCAGGGAAGUGAUGACUGGGCUGGCAUUUGAGAAGUGGUAGUUAGCCACGUGAGGAUGGGCGGGUGGGGAAGAGCGUUCCAGGCACAGGUACAACUGUUCAAAGGUUCCAGACUGCGAGUGUGUGGCUAUCGUGACUGAUCAGCAGAGAGCAAGGGAAGCUGCAGCAGAGGUGUGAUUUAGCAUUGGUGGCCUCACCCAUCCCCACUUAAUGGGCACCCAGCUUGCUUCUAAUGCAUCAGUGUCAUCAAUAAUGCUAAAAUGCACGUCCGGGUGCAGACAGCUCUGCCCUCAUCUGGUUAUUUCCCUCGGACAACCUCCUAGACAUGGUGUGCGUUUUCCUCUAGGUUGGUCUGGAGAGGCAUUGAGCCAAAAGUCCUACAUGGAUUUUGUUCCUGCCAGCCCCUCUGGGAACCAGCCACCCCAAUUCUCGUCUCUGUUCCAGUCCACACGAGAGGAGUCAACUCUGGUUGGUCAGGGACAGUCUGGGACAGGGACCAAAGUUAUUCUGAGGACAGGAAAGAUGAAAGAAGCUGAGGUUUCACACUGAUGAGAAGAUGGACCUUGCAAUUCUGCAUUCAUCUCUGUGGUGCUGGGACUCUGGGAGACCUUCCACCCACUCCAUGCUUCUGAGCUCAUAGUGUGACAAAGCGCAGGCUUAGACCAGGGCCGGAGUGGGGCCAGUGCCGAGGAAGCUCAGAGAAGACCUCACUCCAGUGGAGAGGAUAUGGAUGAUCAGGGUGGGCUCCCUGAAAGUGGCAUCCUGAGUCUUGCUCAGGCAUCUUAUAGGAGGAGUAAGAAGAAAACAGGGAAGGAGGUGCGUGGGACUAAAAAAAAUCACCCAUUGUUUAUCUGCAAAGACGAGCAGGGUCAGGAGCUGUGCUUUGUGCUGGGCAGUGGUGGUGGUGGCAUCAAGGGUGAGGCUGAGGUGAAGAGAGGGCUGAGGCUGCAUGGCCAGGGCGGGCCUUCUGCAGGUCUGCUGAGUAAACACUGAAGUUACUAGAGGGCUGGACCAGUCCACUGCUUGAUCUGCCGGGGCUGGAGCCAGAAGGCCUGCAUUCCAAUCGUGGCUUCACUUGUUAUCAGCUGUGUGACUGUGAGCAAGCUGCCUGCUCUCUCUGUGUCUGUUUCUACACCUGGGAAAUGGAAGCACCUCAAUCGGUCGGGUUGGAAGAUUAAAUGAGUUAAUUAAAGAAAAGCAGCCGGGCACGGUGGCUCACACCUGUAAUCCCAGCACUUUGGGCGGCCAAGGUGGGCGGAUCAUGAGAUCAACAGAUGGAGACCAUCCUGGCCAACAUGGUAAAACCCCCAUCUCUACUAAAAGUACAAAAAUUAGCCGAGCAUGGUGGUAUGUGCCUGUAGUCCCAGCUACUUGGGAGGCUGAGGCAGGAGAAUUGCUUGAACCCGGGAGGUAGAGGUUACAGUGAGCUGAGAAAAAAAUAUCCAACAUCAGCUAGGCACAGUGGCUCACGCCUGUAAUCCCAGCACUUUGGGAAGUGGAGGUGGGUGGAUAACCUGAGGUCAGGAGUUCAAGACCAGCCUGGCUAGCAUGGUGAAACCUUCUUCUAAACCUCUCUACUAAAAAAAAAAAAAAAAAAAAAAAAAAAACCCAGAAAUUAGCAGGGUGUGGUGGCAGUAAUUAGUAAGCCCAGCUACGUGGGAGACUGAGGCAGGAGAAUUGCUUGAACCUGGGAGGCAGAGGUUGCAGUGAGCCGAGAUCACAUCACUGCAUUCCAGCCUGGGCAACAAGAGCGAGACUCCGUCUCAAAAAAAAAAAAAAAGAAAUAUCAAACAUUGUGGGACACACAUGCGUUGGGCACCGACUCUGUGCCCUGCCCUCUGCUGGACAGACUUGGCCUCUCUCACAGAGCUGACGUGUUUCUGAGGCGGUGCCAAGUGCUGUGAGAAAGGUAAGACAAGGCCAUAGGAGGGAGUAUGGUGGCACCCCCACUUCUGUUUGGUGCUCAGGGAAGAUGGCUCUGCAGCAGUGACAUCUGAAGUGAAACCUCAGUAUCAAGGAAUUGGGUUGGGGGCAGGGGUGGGGAUUCCAGGCUGAAGGAAUAGCACAAGCAAAGGCCCUGUGGUGGGAAAGUUAUUGGGAUUAUGGGACAGCGUGGCCAGAGUAGGUUGCCAGAUUGCCAAUUACUCUGAAAUUUCAGGUAAGCAAUGACUGAUUUUUUUUAAAGUGCAAAUGUCCUGAAGUUGCAUGGGACAUACUUGUACUUAAAAAAUAUAUAUAUGAUUUGUUGUUUAUCUGAAAUUCCGGGGUAACUAGGUGCCCUGUAUUUAAUCUGGCAACCCUAGACUAGGGGAGACAGUCAGUUACAGGGCAAGGCCAGGCAGGGCCCUGGAGGCCUGGGGAGGUGGCUGGACUUAGUCUAAGGGUCUUGGUCAAUAGGAGCUGAGUCCUCCAGCCUCCAGCCUGGUUCAGUGCCCCUGGGUUGGUGUUCUUUGCUUACUGGGGAAGUGUCUGUCAGGGAUCUCAGGAGAAGCAUUGCCCGCAUUACAAAGAGCCCUCCAAAAGAUGACUCAUCCUAAGCAACAGGCAAGAGAUUCGGGCUGCAUCACACUCUCGGGAGGCAGAAACAUCCCUUACAUAAAUGCAGGGGAAGGGGAGGGAAUGGAGGUAGUAGAGAGGGAUGUUAAAAUUAGAAUAACUGUGUUCUCUUAAUUGGAAAUGCAGCGGGUGCCGCAUGAAUCUGUAAUGGGUUUCCUUGCAGACUUCUGGAAGCGGGAGGGCUGGGUCAGCCAUGGGAAUAUUCAUGAGGGGUGGGGAAGGGUCCCUGGGGAUGCUGGCCUGCCUGCUUCCAGGAGGGGCAUGGCCAGGGAGUCUGAAUAGUGAUCCCUGCUCUGCCACUGGGUAACUUCAGGCCUGCCCUGUCUUCUCUGGGCCUCAAUUGCCCCAUAUGUGCAAACAAAUACCCUGCCCUGGGGAAGAUGGAUAGAGAGAUGUCCAGGACAGGACGCCCAGAGAUGAGAGUCAGAGGCCAGGGAGGACUGAGCCGCCCUGGGCAGGGUCAGAGACCCUUCAUGUGGGCUCUUCUGGCUUCACAGGCUCAUUAGUGCUUGCUGAAUGAAUGAGGGCUCUUUGGCAAACCCCUUCUUUUUCGUGGGCAGAGCUAUUUUAAGACCUCUGCUAGGUUCUAGUUUGGCAUUUCCAUACUGCUUCACAUCAACGUAUUACAAGGCACCCACAUGCCUCAUUAAAUAAAAUUUAUGUAUAACUACACAAGAGUGGAGUUGAGAUGCAGUUGACUAGUUGACUAAUGUUAUAUUCUGUGGGCAUUUAAUUAAACAUUUAUUCGUUUUGA